AUGCAUGCCUCCGAUGAGAAAUCCGCCUCUGGUCACGUUGAAAUGCGCGUAGACGAAUCUCAAGAAAACCUUGCAUGCGAAGGCUCAAGGAAGACGCGCAGGAGAUUUGAUGUCGAAAAUCUCGAUAGGAUCUCUGAUGAGCUCAGGCUUGCUGCAGAUCAGUCGACAAGGAGGUUUUCUCUCAUGCUCUGCUUGUCCAUGUCCUAUCUUGCUGCCGAGAUAAUCGUUGGCAUGCUGAGUGGAUCACUUGCGAUCCUCACAGACGCCAUGCACAUGGCUUCUGACGUGUUCGCCAUUCUCAUCGGGUACUGGGUAGCAAGAAUCAACUCUUCGAAGCCGAAGCACAACCUCACUUUCGGAUGGCAGAGAGCCGAAGUGAUCGGGGGCCUAGUGAACGCGUGCUUCCUCUUGGCGGUCACAGGCAUGAUGAUGAUCGAGGCUCUGCAGCGGCUGGUGGGCGUUGAAGGUCAAAACAAGGAGAAGCUUGAAGCGAACUCAAGCUUCAGCAUGAUCGUGGGCAUGAUGGGUGUUUGCAUCAAUUUAGCUGGACUCUUCAUCUUCGGCGGACAUGGACAUUCACAUGGCUGUCACUCGCACGGGCAUGGUCACUCGCACGGGCAUGGUCACUCGCACGGGCAUGGUCACUCGCACGGGCAUGGCAGCAUUCCCCAACUUCACCACCACCAGGACUCUCAUGGUCCAUGCCACACUCGAAGUCAUGGACAUGAAAACAUAAUCAUGAAAGUACAAGAUCGAAGAUAUUGCCAUCUUCCGGACGUUCUCGGAGCUACUCCAAGCUGGAAGCACAGCACAGUAACGAUCAUUUCGAGGAAAAGCAUGCUCAUGUCCAUCAUGACAACUUCAACGAAAGAUCAAUAUUUUUGCACAUCCUGGGAGACAUGAUGGGGGCAGUAUCCGUAGUUCUCAGCUCAGCUAUCAUCAAGUACAGCACAAGUCCUUACAAGUACGCUGUCGACCCCUUGUCAAGCCUGAUGAUCGUAGGGAUUAUCUUCUACAAUACGAUCCCGAUCUUCUCAGAGACCAUCAUGCUGCUCAUGGAGAGUGCUCCCAACGACC